UAGCACCCUGGAACAAGAUAGCACAGUAGCGUGUCUCCUCCAGUGUGUUCAGGGUGCUCAGGCGCAUACAGAGGAAGCACCGCGGCGAAUAUUACUUCCCGGAAGCUUCGUGGGGUCGGAAGGUCGAGAAGGACGUCGGCGUUCGGGAACAAGCGUGCACUGACGCGAUCACAGCGAGCUCGCCGUCGCGCACGUUGUCUCCGGCCACCAUCUCGCAGCCAUGGCCAUAGCCCUCCGUCGGCGGUCACUGACCCGCCUCGCCCUCGCUCUCUUUGCUAUCGUUCUCCUUCGCUAUCUAUUCUCCUCUUCCUCGUCUUCCACAGAAUCUGCACUCGAAAUCCAGGAACACAACUUCAUCGAGCGGGCGACCCGGGGGGACAAGAGCCUGAAUGUGCAGAAGCACCGCUUCCUCCAGGCUCGCAUGGGCCGCGACGAGCGCCCAGAGCUCUUCCAAGACACCAUAAAGGACGGCAUGGACGACUUCUGGGACCGCUACCAGCUCCCGUUCAUCAUAAAUAAGGAAACGUCCUCCAUCUCCACCCAGAAUCUCAUCUCCGCCAUCGACCAUCUCCUCUCCCUCAAUGGCUGGGUCGCCGCUCUGUGCCCCACCCUCACCCGCCCCUUUGGCCAGAACAAGCACGCGACGACAUUGUACAACGACAUGAUUUCACAAGACCACCUCUACUAUGUCGCCAUUGUCAUCCACUCCGCGGACCACUUCCUCGUCGAUCAGCUGGCUGUCGUCGUGCAGCUCGCCAAACGACUCGGCACGACGAACCUCUUCGUGAGCAUGCUCGACUACGGCUCGACGGAUUCGACCGAGACCCUCGUCGAUCUCUGCGAGGCCGUGCUCACCCUCCUCGGCAUCCCCUUCCGCAUACGCCGCGUGCCGGGCAUGACUGAGGACCCGCUUGCGGCGUACUACCCGCUCGAGGAGGCCCAUAUGCGCAACCUCGCGCUCGAGCCGCUGCACGAGCUGCACGACCGCCGCGGUAUCACGUUCAAGCGCGUCGUCUGGCUCAAGGGCUUUACGUGCCCGAACGACAUUCUCGAGAGCAUCAAGAUCUCGUUCGUGAACGAGGCUGCGAUGGUCUGCGGCAUGGACUGGGCGGAGCACAAUGGCGCUUUCAUUUUCAGUGAUAGGUGGCGCACGCGCGAUAUUCUUGGUGACCAGUUCCGCCAAAGCAAGUCUGCGUCCUCUUCUGCCCCGCCACGCGAUGCCGUUGGCGCGCAGCGCUAUACCCAGCACCUCCCCUUCCAAGUCUUCUGCUGCGAGUCCGGCACGCAUGUCGUCGACCCCGGCCAGUCGUACUACAAAGGCAUCCGCUACCGCGCCGGCCUCGACUUCCAGAACGUCAGCAAGUCCGACCCUGUGGUGGAUCGCGCGCCGGAUGCAGCGUGCCUCGACUCGUCGCAAGCGCACUUCUGCCGUGACUUGUGGCUAGAAGCAGCCCGUGAAGGAGUGGAGGAGGUGGACAAUGUGCACGCAGACGGUGCUCCUCGCAAGAGGAAGGCGAAGCGCGAGGAUGAGCAUAGUUGGUGGAAGCGGCAAGAUGUGGAACAGGACGAGGAAGGCCGACCUGCUGCAGUUGAUGUCGCGCGCGGGAACGAGGACCGCCUGGGUGCGGACCCAGGGAAGCUGAAGUUCGGCGACGAGCCCAACCGGGCACCGGGACAGCGGGCUGGCGUGGAUGCAGAUGCGAACGUCGGCUCAGAUUACGACGCAUCACCGGACGAAGGCGCGGACGGUGCGAACGAGGAUCUGUCCGCAUUACCCGCACUCUCCAUCCCGAACGCCCUCUUCCGCCCCGCCCGUAUACUGGUGAACCCGCGGUGCCCGACGACAUACGCCGGCGUCUCGCAUACACAGCUCGCGCUCGACCUGUUUGGGCAGGUCGAUGAUAAGGCUGCCAGCGCGGGCGACGAGCGGUACAUCUUGGAAGACUGGGAGGGCGCGCCGGAGAGCUUUGUAUGCCAUGAGCAGCGGCAAACGGGGGGCAGGACAGCGAUGAAGACGCAGCGACGACUCGGGUUCUCGCUGCAUGAUGAGUUGGAGAGGGGGCGGGCGCAGGCAGCGGUGGGACCGGCGUAGACUUGUUCGACCUCGAGGGCUUAUGCGUUGAUGCGCUGCAAAAUGGAUGCUUGGUGCCAGGCGUACUCGGACAGGAAUCGCGUUUGUCACUGUAUGGUUAGUAUAUAUUAGAGCUUGCGCAUCGCUGUCGUAAUCAAUGGGUAUGUUGCAUAGGGAGUAAUGGGCCCGAGUGUAAGACCUGAUAGCAACUAAGUACCGAGCAUGCGCUGAUGAAGACGAAGAUGAAGUUCAUUAGACCGACUACCUGAACCAACCGUAAGGGCAAGCCGUAUUUACCAGAGAUGAAGGAAUUCCGUACGAAAGAAACAGCCUCGAGUAGGUGUAGGUAAAGAUGCGUAUAGUAAUCCA